UGGCCGCAGCGGGCCGCUGGGCGGGGCCGGGCGCCCACGUGAUUCCUGCCGGGAGCCUAACGAGGCCGAGAAAAACCGAACCGGGCCGAGGGGAGCCGAAUUGAGCCGAACCGAGCUGAGCGGAGCCGAACCGAACCGAGCCGAGCGUGACCGAGAGGCUGCACAUGGACCCACUGCGCGCCCAGCAGCUGGCGGCCGAGCUGGAGGUUGACAUGAUGGCCGAUAUGUACAACCGGAUGACGCAGGCAUGCCACCGAAAAUGCGUGCCCCCCUACUACAAGGAGGCUGAGCUCUCAAAGGGCGAGAGCGUGUGCCUGGACCGCUGCGUGGCCAAGUACCUGGAGGUGCACGAGCGGAUGGGCAAGAAGCUGACAGAGCUGUCGCUGCAGGACGAGGAGCUGCUCAAGCGCAUGCAGCAGGGCUCAGGCACCGCAUGAGCCCUCCUGCGCACCCCCAAAUAAACCCGAGUCUCUGGAA